ACGUUAUUCACAUCGUCUUUUAUACCAGGACUCCUCUAUUUUGAGAUAAAUAUGGAUCAAACUUUGAAUGACAAGUGUUUACAUUCAUAUAAUGUACAUUCAUAUUUGGGAGGUUGUUCAAGCGAUGGAAAUGACCCGUGAAUAGAGCCAAGCAGACUACUUCCUUUCACUUCCUGGGUGUAAAAACAAAAACCAACAAUACACCGAGUUCAGUGAUGAAUGCAUACGCACGUCCUGUGGGGUUUAGAGCAGACGACAGGUUACGUCGUGUUGGCAAAAUCUGUGCCAACUUUGUAAACAUGAGACACUAUUAGCAAACUCCAUAUAUCCUUUUCUGACAUUUGACUGAAAAGUAAUGAUGAAUUAAAAAAGGAAAUGAUUAACAGAUUCGUACAUUACAAAAUGGUACAAAUUCACGCAAGUGAUUGUGGUUACGUACGUAUUUAUAAAUAGUUCUCAACACACAUUUCAAGAGUGUAAAAUGGAACUGCAUGCAAACAUGUAAAUACGUAUAUGUAUGUACACGCAUUGAAGAACUGAAUGAAUGAUUAAUAUGUUUGCUGUUUUGUGCUCCGUUCUGGUCUCAAGUUUUUACGUGCACAGUUGAAAUCUCGUGCGAGCUAUUUAGCAUGAUAAAUGUAUAAAUGUAUAAAGAAGAAAGGUUUAAAGUAGCGUCGACAUUGCAUGUGAUCGUCGUCGCAGAUUCCGGUGAAAGUCCGAGCCAACUUUCUCUCUCGCUCUCUUUCUCUGUGGCAGUGCUGGUGGGAUGGGAAAUGCCGCAAUGGCACACAAAUUGUACGUACGUACUGAGGAAGGCCCCAGCUAUAUCCUCCCUGACUGAUGUUUUCAUGGAGAAGCCUGCUCUAUGCCUUUCAAAGUUUCCAGCACCUGACUUCCAGCACCGAUUCUGAGCACAAAACAUGAAACUUUCUCCUUCUACAGCCAGAUCGGGUAGUAUAUAUAUGUAGUAGCCCCCAUUAUAUCAUCAUCUCCGACCAGGCUGAAUUGAAUAAUAAGAUCUGCAUAACAAUAUUCACUUUUGUAGUUUUUUCUGAUGGCAUAGUCAACUAGAAGAGAAAGACUUGUGUGUCUAUAAACCAAAAGAAUUAUCCAGCAGUUUGCCCAAUAUAUGCAUUUUGCGUGCAGUUAAGGGAUAAUAAUACGUAAAUCUAUAUAUAUACAUAUAUUUAUAUCGUAAGUUAUUCAAGGAAAGUAUGCAAGUAUUGCUCAACGACUCUCUCCGUGCUUGCUGAGUUUUUCAGUAUCCAAUUGUGAUGGACAGUAUUAUAAGCCGUUGAUAAAUGUGAAAUUAUUUUAAUCUGACAGUGAUUUUUGCCUCUGUACAUUUCCUUAAUAAUGUUGAGAACCAAGAAACCCAAAAGAAACUCCAUAACCCAUUACAUUUUUGAACUCUAAUUUAAAUACAGAAAAUGUACGAUUAUUAUUUCGUUUAAUAUCUAAGACUUAGAUUCUAAGUAUUUUAUACAUACAUACAAUUUUAAAUUGCAUUUAAUUUUCACUGCCCAAAUACCAACGAAGUCGUUGUGACUGUAAAAUGCCGAGACCACGCUCCUCCGACUCUGAGGACAAUGCCGGAUCCUCGGUUUUAGCGAAAUGGUGUAAGUGUCACUGCGGGAAGAUAAGGCUUGUGAACGAACGGUGCUUCAUGGCGCCUCCUCUGAUACUCGUGGGGUCGUCACUGGCAGAAUUUGUUGUAAUUUUCUCCAUCACGGGGUUCAUGGCCAUUGACGUGAUAGCCGUAUCAGCCGUUUUCUUCUCUGUCCUUUUAUCAUUUGCGGCAUUGCUUUUUAUACGAUUUGACCGAUUGACUAUUUUGGCAUUCCUGAUGCUCUCUGUGUCUCUGCUUUCUUCCUCCACAUUUCUCAUCAUUUGCAUUCAAAAGCAGUCUCCCGUCCAGGAAAACGAUAAACCCCAGAUUUUCCUCCCAUCAUCGCAACAUUCUCACAAUCCAUUUGAUCAAGACUCCAACGUUGUCCACGUAAAUCAGUCAAGACAUGGCUCAAAACUGGUGGACCUCAUGAAAUCUGGUACGGAACUGAGAUGGAUUCACCAGCUUCAGUCCAAAGAGCGCUGCUGUGGUUUUUGGAACUUCACGGAUUGGAUAGGCGAGAAUUCUUUGCUCGAAGCGAAUAAGACAUUUAAAUACCACUCAGAGCCAAUUCAUCCUCCGACGCAAUGGAUGGUUUCAUGUUGUGAUAGGAAUCUCACAGAGCAUCACAGUAACUGCAAAGCCGAAAGCAUUUAUGACGACUGGCACGACAUUGUUUCUUACCUUUUUCAACAGGGGUGUGGAGCACGCAUGGAUGAUAAAUUAAACGAAGUAAACUUUCAACUGUUUAAAACAUCUUUGGGACUUGCGCUUUGGAAUUUGCUGGUAGCAAUCGACCUCAUUGUGUACACAGCGUGGAAAAAACUGAGGUCAAAAGCGCACAAUGCUUGCAAUGGCCGCAACGGAGGUCGAGUCACUACGGAUGACGAUGACGUGUUUACUUGACAAAUGUAGAUCUCGAGUGCGAUGUAUUUAUGUAAGUUCAACAGUAGCAGUAAAUGUGCAUUUACAUGCCUACAUACAUAAAUACGGUCGGGUUCGGGUGUUGUGCGAUCUCCCAACAAUAAAAUGACGCUAUUAUUCCUACCUUGGUGCAGUUACCAUCCAAAAAUCUAAAAACUAAAUGACGGGGCUCAAGUCGUAGUAUUACGAUAGAACCUUAGACACGACAAAUACUUAAAAAUAUACGUAAAAAUUACUUGUUAAUAACUACUUCAGUAAGAUUGAAAUAGUCUGAACAUUUCGGGAUAUUAUUAAAAAUCAACAUUAUAUGAUAAUAUUUACCAUUUUAUGUAAGUGCGAUUUAAUGAGAUUGGAUUAAAUAAUAUUCACAGUA